CGCGCACGCGGAAGAGAGCAAAAGGCCUACACUCUCUCACACGCAUCCCUUCAAAGCAGGAAAACUCCGUUUUCCAAACGCAAAAGCGCCGUGUUUUCCAGCGGUGCUGUCAUUCGUGUCGGUUCGGUCGGUGCCGCUGCCUAGCGUCUCCAUUUGGCGUACGCGACCACGCGCGCGCGCUCCUCUGUGUGUGCAUAUGUGUGUGCAUGUGUAUGUGUACAGUGGAAAAAGUGCAAUUCUGGGUGGGUGGAGUGGCAAACAAACAGUGGAGAAAGAAAAUAAAGAAAUUACCACUUUCAACCGUCGGUGCCAGCAGGGGUUGUAUAGUUUCGUAGUCCCGUGCCCAUUGCCCUUUGCCCUUUUGCUACAGCUGUGCGUCCGGUGGCGAUACGGGGAACACGGAAACGCAAAAGAAGUAACAUCGUUUCGCACAGAAUUCGCAUAAAUAGAAAAAGAAAACACCCUGAAAGUAUUAAGCGCAGGUUCGGUUCGGUAAAAAAUCAUCGCAACUGCCCCAACACAACCUGCCCGCUCCCGACAAUUGUGUUGCGCAAAACAUUGUUGCGGGUUACGGCUUAUCUUCCGUCGGCCAUCGUGUGCCGCCUGAGGAGAGUGUUUUUUUUUGUGUGCAUUAUUUGUCUGUUUGAGUUCGAGUUCGCUCGCGUGUAAAUGUGUGCUUGGAGUGGAGUGUAGCAAGUUUGGUGCAAUUUUCUAAAGGGCGUAAUGCAAAUACAGCGCCGUGCCGAACGUGUCCGUGUAGUGCUUCCCGUGCAUUAAGCAACCUCCUCCGCAUAGUGGUGGCCGCAGGGGUGGCUGGCUGCCGUACGCAACGGCGUAAAUCAAACCCCCCUCCGCGUACAGCCUUCGGCCCAACAUGUCGUCCAACAGUGAGCAGAACUGCGAGGUGCAGCUCGCGGCCGAGAUCGAGGUGCUGAAGAGUGCGCUGGCGGACAAGCACACGCAGCUGAUGGCGAUGGAAAGUGCCUGCCUGCAGGAGAGCGACCGGCAGGUCGAGCUGGAGGACAGCAUCAUCGCCUGGCAGGACAAGUACGAGCGGCUGUACGAGUCGCACAAGCGCGUCCAGAAGCUGAACCAAAACCUGGAGGACAAGCUGCUGAAGCUGGUCGACCGGAACUCGGGCGAGCGGGCCCAGCUGACGAGCGACGUCGCGACGCUGAGCGUACGGCUGGCGCAGGCCAACUACAACAUCCAGAGCCUCAAGCGAGAGAUUGAACGAUACAAAACCGACAUCAGUGUGGCGAUACAGUUGCUGCAGUGCAAGCCGGACAGCUUUGUAUCGCCGAAACUUUCCUCGCUUCCGAUCGAAAUUCAGUCCAAGGUGGCCACGUACAUGCGCCUCGACACGAACUCACACUCCGACUCGGAGGGCAGCACGAGCGGCGUCGGGAUGGCCACCACCAACUCGUACCACGUGCUGCCAGCCUCCGACAGCCCGCCCCCCAUCUGUCCCUUCCCUCCGACCGCCAUGGUCUAUUCGAUGCGAGGGCUUGCUCCCCCCGAGUGCCAUUCGAACCCGUGCGGAUGCGGUUGUGAGGUUUUUUUGUCCUUCGUUUUUGGGUCCUCUAAUGAUGCCGCAGGACCACGCAGGCACCACACGGGUAAAGGCAAUAAAGCAAAACCGCGGGAUUACUGCUAAUGGGUUUGGGCCGUUAUGGAUACGAUAUGGCGGCAGACGGAGGCCCGGCACCGACAACAUUGUUUCGGAAGGAUAAACAACGGCUAGCAGCAUUGAGCGUGGACUCAACAGCUAAAUGCAUACCGGCUACCGCCGGCAAAGAGAGAGAGAGUGAGAGAGCGCGCUCGCGGGCGCGAAUAUCUUUUACCCAUUAUCAUAAUUUCAUUUUAAUCGAAUCAAACCAGGCUCAGGCUUGGACAGGAGCACGAACAACAAGGAAGCGAAGCGCCCCGAAAAGGUUAAAUGUGAGCCAAUUUUAAGUGAAAUGAAUACGACGAACGCAUCGUCGGGUUUGUGGUGAAGUGUUUUUGGACCGGUAAGUGUUACCCCGUUGGUGGGGUUACUAUUUGCACAAAACUUUCCCAAAGUUUCCAAAACUCGGGUUCGGUUUAAAGGUAAUCAGUGUUGAUUAUGCAAAACCGCAAAACUCCGAACGAGCAGCAGCAGCAGCCCGGCAGUUCCCGGCUUAACAUAAUCAAGCUGCCAGCAGUAGUAGUAGUGCUCGGAGUGCUUGGAGUUCAAACAAUAUGAUGGGAGUAGAAGUGUAAACAACCGCUCUCGCAAGGAAAAGCUUGUGCCGAUCUUGCAAACUCGCCGUCCCUGUUGCGGGCACGUCCCCAGAGCCGAGUCUGUCACAGACACAGAUGGUUGGAUAAAUUAUUAGCUAGACUGUCAUCAACAAUCACUCCGGAUUUAUAUCGCAUGCCGGUUGGGGACGCAGUUUGACGGUGGCGCUGCAGGUUGUCGCACGGAAAGUGGCAGCGACACCGUUGGGCAAGUCAGCCAUGCCCCGUCGUGAAAAUGGUACCACUAAAUUGACAUUAUUUAUUUAAGGUCCAGAAGUACAGGGCCGCUUUGUUGCACGAUAGCACGCAUUAAGGGAAAGGAGCGUUGUGACUGUGUUUGUUGGCAAAAUUCGUGUGCAGUGUACCCUAAGCCCCCUCCCGCUGCACAAUGGCUGGGAGGCUCGUGAGCUUAAUUUAUGCUGGCCGGUAAAACGCUACCAAGCAUUACCAUAAACACCCGCCCGGUGGAGCCCAAAAGGUGUUCUACUAGCAGGGCGCCACUGCUCGACAUUCCAACGAAGGGAACCAGGGAGUAAUGGAUGGUGUGUGUGUGCCAAUUUAUCGGUUCCUGUCUGUAGUGUACCCAGCUUGGGCGCCUCUGUGUGUGUGUGUGUGUGUGUGUGUGUGUGUGUGUGUUUCACUUUCCUUUCCUGUUGAAUCGGUCCACGCAAAACGGCGAUACCUCUAUCGAAAAGGCACCCUGGCACCCCUUCUUGUUGGCGUCUUGGUGGCGUUCUUCGGUGCACUGGCGUUCGGAAGGAAGGAAGGGAAAGUUUCCUGCCAGUUUCAAAAACCGUUUUCCGGACCGGAAUCGCGUGCUUUUUUCCACGUGUUAUGUGUGUGUGUGUGUGUGUGUGUGUUUGUGCUGUUGUUCCUACUGUUGUCUUUAAGGCCCUAUUUAUAUUAGUUUUGUUUUUUCUUCUCUCCUCCCCUUCUUGCCUCCCUUAUUACCUUUCCUAUCAGCUUAGCUAUACAAUUUUGCCCCCAAACUAGGAGGAGGGGUCUUUCGCGUGUCCAACCGAUAUCCCGUUGAGGGGUAGAGACUAGUGAUGUGCUGUAUGGAGCGCACCCACGAUUCCGAUCCAACUCCGACUAUUGUUAGUUUGAUUCCGAUUCCGGCAAAAUGGAACCACUAGAUCCGCCCGGAGCCGGAGUCGUCCGGAGUCGGAGUCGUCCGGAGUCGAAGUCGUCCGGAGUCGGAGUCGUCCGGAGUCAGAGUCGUUCCGGACGACUCCGGACGACUCCGACUCCGAACGACUCCGAAUGACUCCGAACGACUUCGACUCCGGACGACUCCGACUCCGAACGACUCUGACUCCGGACGACUUCGAACGACUCCGACGACUUCGACGACUCCGAACGACUCCAAAUGACUCCGGACGACUCCGAACGACUCCGAACGACUCCGAACGACUCCGACUCCGGACGACUCCGGACGACUCCGAACGACUCCGACGACUCCGAACGACUCCGAACGACUCCGGGCAACUCAGACUACGGGCGACUCCGACUACGGGCGACUCCGAACGACUCCGAACGACUCCGAACGACUCCGAACGACUCCGGACAACUCCGGACGACUCCGGGCGACUCUGGACGACUCCGGACGACUCCGACUUCGGGCGACUCCGGACGACUCCGAACGACUCCGAACGACUUCGAACGACUCCGAACGACUCCGACUCCGGGCGACUCCGGACGACUCCGAACGACUCCGACGACUCCGACGACUCCGAACGACUUCGAACGACUCUGGGCAACUCCAACUCCGGACGACUCCGACUCCGGACGACUCCGAACGACUCCGAACGGCUCCAGACGACUCCGGACGACUCCGACUCCGGGCGACUCCGGGCGAUUCCGGACGAUUCCGAGCGACUCCGGGAAUUGCAGCGCGGACCUACCUUCCGGAGUGGAUUCCGAAUUUAUCGGAGUCGGAUCGGAGUCGACUCCGGAUUUUUGCCAACUUUACCCAUCACUAGUAGAGACGAGCAACGGGAGGGAAAGCAAAACACGAAACGUUAACCGAUCGAAUAAGCCUCGGACUGCUUUUGCCGCGGUGUAUUUAUAGAAGGAUAUAUUUCCUUAACUUAGAACGUCAAAUACCUUGUCCCCUCUUUCUUCCCUUCCGCCCCUUCGAUCCCGCUCAAAGCCCCGUUUUAAAUGCUGGAUCCAUCAUCCAAUCUCCCAUACCCGGGGGUCGGGGUGUGUGUGUGUUUUUCGUUCGUUUCGUUUCGUCCACCAUAAAUCCACCCGGUGUGUUUGAUCCGUGCGCCCGCGUGGAGGCAAAACGUGCAUCGCAUGCAAUAUAUAGCCUGCGCCAUCGCACCACUCUCAUAGGCCCGCUUACAGUUUGCAAAAAUGGAUACAAAAAAAUGGAAUGGAUAGAGUAGAAAGAAAAAAAAACAA